AUGAGCUCCCUAAACUACUCCUUCCCUUCUAAAGAAGAGGAGGUCGGAUGGACGGAGACAGAAACUCCCGUGAAGGAGGAGGAGGCUGUUACAGUAAAACAAGAAGUAGAGGGUGAAGCUGGUACAUUGAAAGAAGAAGAGAAAGAAGCUUUCGGAGUGAAAGAGGAGAAUGAUUAUACCGUGAAAGAAGAGGAGGAAGAGAAACAAGACGAUGCGUUGUUUGGAGUGAAAGAGGAGAAUGAUUAUACCGUGAAAGAAGAGGAGGAAGAGAAACAAGACGAUGCGUUUUUUGGAGUGAAAGAGGAGAAAGAUUUUACCGUGAAAGAAGAGGUUGAAGAGAAACAAGACGAUGGGUUGUUUGGAGUGAAAGAGGAGGCGGCGAUGACAGUGAAGGUAGAGGAAGACGUUUUUAGAGUGAAAGAGGAGGAGAUGACUGUCUCGUUGGAGGAAGAGGAGACUGGAGAUAUCAUUAACACCAGAGAGAGAACAGACUUUCAUUCUGACAGUGGGAAGAGUCCUUCAGAGGAACCAGAGACAUCCAACCCAGCAAGGCGACACUGCUGCUCCCAGUGUGGGAAGAGUUUAACUCAGUUAGGGAACUUGAAAAUACAUGAACGAAUACACACAGGAGAAAAGCCUUACCAAUGCUCCCAUUGUGGGAAGAGUUUUACCCAGUACUUGAGAACUCAUAUGAGAAUACACACAAGAGAGAAACCCUACCAAUGCUCCCAAUGUGGAAAGAGUUUGACCCAGUCAGGACACUUGAAAGAACAUAAGAGAACACACACAGGGGAGAAGCCUUACCAAUGCUCCCAUUGUGGGAAGCGUUUUACCUUGUCAGGACACCUAAAAGUGCAUGAAAGAACACACACAGGUGAGAAGCAUUUAGCAAGACCACACCACUGUUCCCACUGUGGAAAGCAUUUUACUCAGUUAGGGAACUUAAAAAUACAUGAACGAAUACACACAGGAGAAAAGCCUUACCAAUGCUCCCAUUGUGGGAAGAGUUUUACCCAGUCAGGGUACUUGAGAACCCAUACGAGGACACACACAAGAGAGAAACCCUACAAAUGCUCCCAGUGUGGAAAGAGUUUUACCCAGUCAGGACACUUGAAAGAACAUAAGAGAACACACACAGGGGAGAAUCCUUACCAAUGCUCCCAGUGUGGGAAACGUUUUACCCUGUCAAGUCACCUAAAAGUGCAUGAAAGAACACACACAGGGGAGAAGCCUUACAAAUGUGCCCAGUGUGGAAAGAGCUUUACCACAUUAGUUCAAUUGAAAGAACACAAAAGUAAACACACAGGGGAGAAGCCGUUCCACUGCUCUCAGUGUAGAACAAGUUUUACACAAUCUGGAGGCCUAAAAAUACACAUGAGAAUACACACAAAAGAGAAACCCUACCAGUGCUCCCAGUGUGGAAAGCGGUUUGAAAGAACAUAAGAGAACACACACCGGGGAGAAGCCUUACCAGUGCUCCCAGUGUGGGAAGAGUUUCACCCUGUCGGGGCACUUAAAAGUGCAUGAAAGAACACACACAGGGGAGAAGCCCUACCAAUGCUCUCUGUGUGGAAAAUGUUAUACCACAUCACAGAAUCUUAAAGUACAUGAGAGAAUACACACAAGAUAGAAUCUUUACCACUACUUCCAGUGUGGAAAUUGAUAUUUCACAUCACAUGAAGAGGGAGUGGUUACAAAAUUGAUUGGACAACACCUAGUAAGAAAUACUAUAAAUGUU